AUGAGAAUCGCUGAGAUUUCCUCCACGCCGGAGCACCGCAGAGCCAGCGCCGCCGCCGAGUCUGACCAUUCGACGGCGCUCUCGCAAAUCGAGUCCACGAUUAAAUCGCUUGAGCGUCACUCGCCCGCGCAUCCAUUGCCUGACACAUUCUCCUCCGAGCUUCGACAAGCCCUUGCUCAGCUGAGUCAACUCGCUCCUUUCCCCAAUUCCACGAAACUUCUUGUCUGGAAACUCAGCUACCGCCUCUGGAACACGUGCGUCGACCUCGCCAAUGCGUCUGCCGCGAAGAUCGACGAGGAGCAUGCCAAGCUCCGGCAAGUGGCCGCCCAGAUGCUAUUUCUCACCGCCGAUGUGGUGGGAAUUCCUUCUCCGGCGUUCAAGUCGGCUCUCUUCUUCUACAAAACCGGAUUAAUCUGGUACGACCUAAAAACAUUCGAUUCAGCAAACAAUUGCUUCGAAAAAGCCACCGAUCUAGUGUCGGAUAUUGAAAUUAACUCAGUCUCCGAUGACGACGAACGAAAAUUGCUCUUAGAUCUCAAUAUUUCCCGAUCCAAAGCUGCUUGGGAAGUUUCCGACCGGAAUUUAGCCAUCAAUUUGUUAAACAGGUCAAAAAAUGUUCUGUUCGGAGUUUCUAGAAACUACAAUGCCCUAGCUACUCAGUAUCUAACCUUUGGAAAGACUAUGCUAUCAGCAAGUGAGUCUUCUGCAGUGAACGAGGCACUGAAGUUGAUGAACGAGGCUUUGGAACUCUGCGAAAAGGGGUUGAGAGUGGUGAAAAGGACUGAGGAGACUCUGAAUUUGAAGGAGUUGAGGUUGAAGACUCUGAGAUUCAUAGCGGCCGCACAUUUGCAGAGCGACGAGUUUGAGAGCGUGUUGAAGUGCGUGAAAGUUUUGAGGGAUGUCGGGAUUGGUGGGGACCACCACCCCAGUUUGAGUGUCUUGGCAAUGAAAGCAUGGCUAGGGUUAGGAAGGUAUGGGGAGGCGGAGAAGGAGUUGAGAGGAAUGGUGAUGAAUAAAGGGAUACCGGAGGGUGUUUGGGUGUCGGCGGUGGAAUCUUACUUUGUGGCGGCAGGUGCAGCUGGUGCUGAGACGGUUAAAGGGGUGUUUUUGGGGCUGUUGGAGCGUUGCCAUGUUAGUGCUGGUGCUGCGAUUAGGGUGGUCAAUAGGUUGGUUGGGAGUGGGUUGAGCAACGGUGAAGGAAUGAAGGUGAGAGCCAGUGUUGUUACGGAGCUGGUUUCAGAUGAGAGGGUGGUGAUGCUUUUCGAUGGAGAAGGUGCUGCAAAGGAGAGAACGACCAUGCAUGCUCUUCUGUGGAACUGUGCAACAGAGUAUUUUCGAUCAAAAGAUUAUCCGCUAAGUGCCGACAUGUUCGAAAAAUCUAUGCUAUAUGUCCCCCAUGGAAUAGAGAACAGAAUUCUCAGAGCUAAGGGAUAUCGAGUUCUGUGCCUCUGCUACCUAGGCCUGUUGCAGCUAGAUAGAGCUGAAGAAUAUAUCAAUGAGGCUGAAAAGUUGGAACCCAACAUAGCUAGCUCCUUCCUGAAGUUCAAGAUUUUCUUGCAAAAGAACGACCACAGCAGCGCUAUCUCUCAGAUGCAAGCAAUGCCUAGCUGCCUCGACUUCACCACCGAUUUCAUCUCCCUCGCCGCCCACGAAGCAGUUGCCUGCCGCUCACUUCUUGUUGCCACCGCCUCUCUCUCCCAACUCCUGAACUUUUAUUCCUCGGGAAAAUCAAUGCCAACUAACGAGGUUGUAGUGUUUCGAACCUUGGUUACGAUCCUAAGUCAAGACUCAGCUAAUGACGACGAUGUCCUCAAGAACAUGAAAAAAGCUCAUCACCGCCAGUCCGAGAUUGGAGCCGACCUAUUUUUCGGUAAAUCCGAGGUUGGCAGACGAGAAAAGAAUUGGUUUGCAGGGAACGCUUGGAAUUUUGGAGUAAGAACAGGGCAGGAGAAAAAGUACGACUUAUCUGCAGAGUUCUUCAAAUUGGCAUCAGAGUUUUACGGAGUUGUAAGUGAAGGGGAAAUCGAGGUAGAUAACGAUGUCAUGGUUUGUAAAUCGAUAAUACUUUCUGUUUCCGCCAUUAUUGCUGACGAGAAGCAGGGGAAGAGCACAAUGCUUGAAACUGAAGUCAGACAAGCCAUCGAACUUUUAAGCAGGGCAGGAAAGAUACUAACAACAAGCUCAGCCAACAUCAGAAAAAACGACGAUCAAGUUACAACUAUCGAGCCCAAUUUCUUCUUCAUAUACACUUGGACAGCCUAUGACCUAUACUCCAGGUUGAGUGAUACUGAUGCCCAACAGCUCCUAUUGGUCAAAAAUUUUGCGGGUUCAAAAUCGUGCAACCCGAAUUAUUUGCUUCAAAUCGGAUUAGAUGCCUCACAAGGACCACGGUCAAACCCAGAAGUAGCCACCUUUGCGUUGAACGCCUCUCUCACUGCACUCCUCUCUUCACCUUCUCCAGAUUACCAAUCUGUGGCACUGAUUUUGAGGAAGCUAAUUUCUAUCGGCACUUUAUACAAGGGAGACAAAGAUGAAGACUCGAUAAUCGAAAUGUACAAGCAAGCGUAUCGGAUCAUGGUUGGGUUGAAGGAAGGGGAUUAUCCGAUCGAAGAAGCUAAAUGGCUUGCUACAACAGCGUGGAAUCGAGCGGCACUUCCUGUGAAGAUGGGGCGGUUUGAGUCGGCGAAGAAGUGGAUGGAUAUCGGUUUGGAACUGGCGGUGAAGGUGCCCGGUAUGCAUACGUAUAGAUCGUGUAUGGAGGAAUAUGUUGCAGGCUUUGAGAAGAAACUCAUUGGGAAAGAAAAUGAAAGCAGGACAAGAGGAAUGUUAUAAUUUUCGAAUUUGCUUUGUUCAAAUCUGUGGAGAUAGUUAUCAAAACCUUCCAUUAUCAGUUCUGAUGGAUAUAACAUCCAAUAUAUAGAGUUCAAUUAUAUCAAUGUUCUGUAUCAAGGGUUGAAGGAUUAUUUUUUUUUUCU